AUGCUUUCCGAGGCCGGUUGCGUUGUUCAUGAAGUUAUUCACGCUCAAGUGACCGACUUCCACAAAGCUUUUUGUCCUCGUCAUCGUCUCAUCUCUUUUCUCCAGCGUUGGAAAUGUUCAUCGUCUUUGCUUACUGGGGACCCAGACGCUGCUCUCCAUCGUGCCAUUAUCUCAAUCCUGGACAUCGCCCUCCGUUUCUGCAACAUCUUCACCUCCAUUGCGGGCAAUACUACCGUUACCCUUGACGUCUCCCGCCACUCGCUUGUCUCGCGACGCCACAACAGUCGGCGGCAAAGAGCCCGUCGGAAGAAUGUUGUCAGCUUUUCGAGGAAGGACGGGGACCUGAGCUCGGAUGAAUCUCAUCAGGACGAGGAAGACAUCGAUCUGGAAGAUGAAGGACAAGCGGCCACGUCGUUUUCGGUCGAUGAACUUAAAACUGGGUUUGGCUCGGUGGACAAGCUCUCGUCUGAGCUGGAUGGCCUGGUGCGAUUUGUGAGGCGAGGGGUGGAGAGUUUGGCGAGUGGAGGCGAAGAUGUGUCUGCGUCAUUUAGCGUGCUCGCCUUCGCGCUGGAGGAUUGGGACUUAUAG